AUGUUGGAAGUGAGAAGGAUGCUUCUAAUCUAUUUGCUUACAUUGUUUUCGUUAUUAAUUUGCAGUGGAUAUGACUUUGGCUAUCUAAUCAAAAUCCUGACAAACUCUAAUUUACCUGAAGAAGAGCUGGACUUCUUUGAGAUACUGCGAUUGUUUUUCCCUGUCAUCUAUGAUGUAAAAUAUCUCAUGAAGAGUUGCAAAAAUCUGAAGGGUGGAUUACAAGAAGUGGCUGAGCAGUUAGAGCUGGAAAGGAUAGGACCACAGCAUCAGGCAGGAUCUGAUUCUUUACUCACAGGAAUGGCCUUUUUCAAAAUGAGAGAAAUGUUCUUUGAAGAUCACAUUGACGAUGCCAAAUAUUGUGGCCACUUAUAUGGCCUUGGUUCAGGGUCAUCUUAUGUACAAAAUGGCACAGGAAACGCGUAUGAAGAAGAAGCGAACAAACAGUCAUGACAUGAAAUGAAAGACCAUCUUUUUGACCUCCACAUGCUUGUAUAUAGGUUUUAUCUCUGGUUAAGCCCCUUGGACAAUAAGGCUUUUGUCCCCCUUUCUCAGCACACUUUCUUUUCUGCCUUUCUAUGUACUAGACUUGGCUGUUCCUAUCACAGAUUUUGAUCUUAAUAUCGAUAUGUAAAUUUUUCUGGGUUGCAUUUUGGCCUCAUAACUAGCCCAUUUGUAAAGAAGCAUGUAUAGGAUCAGUGUGGCAGAGAGAAGGGGAAAGGUAAAUCAUAAUGAAUAGUCUGGUAAACUUACCUAUAUUGAUCUUCUAGUUUUCUUGUCUCUUUCCCCUCCCUUCUCCAAAUUAGCUGGAUCUCAUUGUAGCUAACUUUCCCAUUCAUGUCUGUUCCUUCCAGUAUGCAGGCGUUUUAGCUAUUCAAGAUUGUGGACCAUCAAAUUUGCACUUUAGAGGGUGACUCUGACUCAGAUUUUCUGUUUUAUUUGAAGAUUUGUUUUGUUUUUUCUUUUGCCCUCAGCUAGAAAACAAUCAUCUGCCAAGUUCAGCAGCUUCAUGCUGUAUUUCCUUGGUAUCUCAACCCAUAGAACAUGACUUAUUUGCUGCAUAACCUUUGUUUAUUCAAGCAGAACAAACUACUGAAAUCAUUGUAACUGCUGUUAUUUUACUAGUGCUCAGUCAUCUUCAAACACAUCCUGCACAUGUCAACUGCUGGUUGGCCUGCUGUUUUAAAACUGCUCUGUGAUAGGGGAAAGAAGCUUGAAAAAACAGCUUUACACCCUUCAGGAAAGAACAGCUAUGACUUUAGCAUUUUUGCCCUUAAGCUGAGAGUUGAAGGAUAUUGGAACAGUAGGAGUUUUGUAAUGGCACACUUCCCUUGAUCAACUUCCUAGCUUUUAUUCUAGUAAUGUACACCUCAAAUAUUUUUUAUGAAGUCAUAUUUAUUAUGUACUUGGUUUGAUGAUUUGUGAAAGUCAGUUUAGUUGAAGAUAAAACCCAAAGAUCUGAAAAAAUACUAUUUAAUUGAAUUAGGACAAUUAAAUCGUGCUUUUUUUGUAGUUGCUACAAAGACAGAUGUUGCAGAUAUUUGUUGUAAGACAACAAAAUAUAAAUAACUUAUAGCUAAUAAAGUUACCUGAGGAGUGUAAUGCUAGUUUAUUUUUGAGUAUAUCUUAGCAAUAUAUUUUAGAUAUAUUGUUUUAAAGGAUCCUAAAGUACGUUCUUAACUCUGCAUAGCAUGUGUACAGAGCAGUUGUGCAGGAAGGAUUUUUGGUAUUGAAUAGCUAAAUACUAGCCUGAAAUGAUGGAAUGUGCGACAUUGUGUGCCUGUGUGUGCGUGCGCACACGUAUGUGUGUGCGUGUUCGACACGGAAGUCAAUAGUAUAAAAAUCUCCAAAUGUUCGCCAAAUUAUUCUGUUUUACCUUGUACUUAAAAAAAAAAUCAAACACCUUUUUUCAUUGAGUUACAAUGAUGUAACUGGGUGGUCCUUUUUAAACAACAAAUAAUUUGCAUAAGACGGUAUUUGUUUUUAAAGCUUUUGUAAAUAAAGGCCUAAGAAAUGUUUUCUUACAUAACA